AUGCCAGACUUAAAAUGGGUGAUGGACAAAGUGGCCGUGGAAAACGAGCCAGGGCUCACUAAUGCUCAAAUGAUGUUGACGAAUAGUGACUUACGGCCUGUCGACCCAGAGCGACGUCAAUGGAGAUGGCCAAACUACAUCGCCUUUUGGAUUGCAGACUCAUUAAACAUUAAUACAUGGAUGAUCUCAUCAUCAAUGAUCGUCGACGGUCUUUCAUGGUGGCAGUCAUGGAUUUGUGUCUGGGUAGGAUAUUUCGUGGCUGCAUGCUUUGUAUGCCUAACAGGUCGCAUCGGCGCCGUAUACCACAUUUCAUUCCCAGUGACGGCUCGGGCUUCAUUCGGAAUCUGGGGGUCUUUCUGGCCCGUCCUCAACCGAGUCGUGAUGGCCAUCAUCUGGUAUGGUGUGCAAAGUUACAUUGGUGGAGAGUGUGUGACUCUCAUGAUCGAGGCUAUCUGGCCAAGCUACCGUAACCUCCACAAUGGCCUCUCUGCCAGCGCCGGUGUCGAUACCAAGAACUUCCUCAGCUUCUUCCUAUUCUGGCUGUGCUCCCUCCCAGCACUGUGGUUCCCUGUGCACAAGGUCCGCCACCUCUUUACUGUCAAAGCCAUCUACUCUCCUAUCGCUGCUAUUGCGUUCUUUGCAUGGGCCAUCUCCCGCGCCAACGGUCUCGGUCCAAUCAUUCACCAGUCAAACACUGUUCACGGAUCUGAUUUCCGUUGGGCAAUGGUCAAAGGAAUCAUGUCCUGUAUUGGUAACUUCGCGGCUCUGAUCAUGAACAACCCCGACUUCUCGCGUUUUGCACGAACACCCAACGACGCCUUUUGGUCUCAGUUGUUAACCAUUCCGGUGGGAUUUGGAGUCACCUCUUUCAUCGGCAUCAUCGUGUCUUCGUCAUCAUCGGUUAUUUUCAAUGACGGAUAUACCUGGAACCCACUUGACCUUCUCGGCAAGUUCCUUGAUGGUGCCAGUUCCGGCCAGCGAUUUGGCAUUUUCAUCAUUGCUACUGGAUUCGCCCUCGCCCAGCUAGGAACCAACAUCUCUGCCAACUCAGUCUCCGCCGGAACCGAUUUGACUGCCCUCAUGCCUCGGUACUUGAAUAUCCGACGCGGCAGCUACAUUUGUGCCAUAGUUGGUCUGGCCAUGUGUCCGUGGAACCUCGUCUCCACGUCGAACAACUUCACAACCUACCUCUCCGCAUAUUCCCUCUUCCUUUCCGCAAUUGCCGGCGUCAUGAUCUGCGACUAUUACAUCGUCCGCAAGGGCUACCUUGACAUCAAAGCUCUGUACAGCGGACGCAACACCGAGCCAUACUACUAUACUUUUGGAUUCUCAUGGCGCGCCUAUACCGCCUACUUCUGUGGAAUCAUAGUCAACAUCGUUGGUUUUGCCGGGGCGGUUGGAUGCAACGUCCCAAUUGGCGCGCAAUAUAUCUACAACGUGAACUACUUCUCCGGCGUGUUAGUUUCGGGUAUCGUCUACCUCGCCCUGACAUGGUUCUUCCCCGUCCCCGCGACAAGCGCUACCUGGAACGAGGUAGAUAUCGACACUUUGAAUCUUGAUAUCGCAUAUGGACAGGAUCCUCACGACGUCGAGGCCAAUGGAGGUCGGAGAUCGUUUGAUGAGCUGUCCCUCGACCAUAAAUGUCCUGAUUCGUCUGCUCAAAAGGUCUGA